AUGGCUCUUACUCAUUACACGUUCCCAAAUACCACCGAUCCGGUCGCCUUAGCCAUCUACUAUCAAACACAUCCUCUCCCUCAAACCUUCAAUGCCGGGAUUGUCGUCGCUUCGAUUGUUGCAUCUUUCUUGGGUGCCGAAACUACUCUUUUGUUGCUCUCGCGCCGGACUUCGACCGCCGGCGCCCGGAACUGGGGAAUUCUUGUCUUGGCCGCGACAACCAUGGGCAGCGUAGGAAUUUGGGGCAUGCACUUUAUUGGAAUGAACUUCUCUUUGACACCAGCUCCCGGAAUAGAUUGGUAUAUACAAUUCUCUCCCGGAUUCACAGUACUGUCUUUGUUUGUACCCAUGUUCUCACUGGUGUUCGCUUUCGUAUUUAUUGGUGCCGGGCCAGAAUCACUCCCCUUGGAUGAUCGUGAUGAAGGGGCGGAAAUCAAGCCAGAAAGUCUAUAUCCCGUCAAUGCAAGCUUCAUCCAGCGUUCACUUUGGCCCAUCAAAGAAUGUUUACGGAUGCGUACUUCUGAGGAGCUACUAAGUCUACGGAUCGUCAUUGGAGGACUGAUUGUUGGCGGGACCGUUGCGCUCAUGCAUUAUUCUGCGGGGUUUUCAUCCUCCUUUGAGCGAGAGUAUGAUCUGCCUCAUUUGGUGUUUUCAAUCAUCCUGGCUUGCGUUGCCUCAACUCUUUCUCUCCUUGUCUUCUUCCGUUUCCAAGCCCAAUGGCAUGCAAAUUGGUGGAAAAAGAUGAUUUGUUCUUUAGGUCUUGCUGCUGGAGUUUCUGGAAUGCAUUAUCUUGGUCUUGUUGGAACCAGAUGGUAUGUUCCCCGUGGCAAAACUGAGGGGUUCACUCAAGGCAAACAAACAUCAACCGUACUUACAAUUGCCAUCAGUGUUAUGUGCUUCGGAGUUUGUGUCAUCUCAUUCAUUAUCGUAUUUUCGGAUUUUCUUGUUACCCGGGAAAGUCGCCGAAAAGCCAGAAGAGUUACGAUUGCAUCAGCCACUUUUGACAAAUCAGGUCGAGUGCUAGUAAACCCAGAUGGUAUGUUACCCAUGGGCGAAGUUGAAACAGACUUUCCUCUGAAAGAUAUCAUUGAAGAGCUUAACUUCAGACAACCAACAUUCCAAUGGCUAUAUUCCCUAUCAUGGGACUGGACCAUCCUUGACCCCUUUCUUCCUCGCAUGGCCGCACGCGCCCUGGGUCUCACCUCAUUCGUUCCACCCACUACCGCUAGUAGCGCGCCUCGAAUCUUCAGGAGCCGCAAGGAACCAGGCUCCUCAUACACAUCGUCCAAAAAUGCUGCUCACCUGGCAUUGUUCAAGGACCGCUGCCUUGAAACUACUCAAUCCCUGGCCAAUCAGAUUGGUCUACCUGUCAGCGACAUGGGUGUAUUCUUCGACAACAUCCUCCGCACCGGCACCCGAUCGGCACCUGUCUCAGACGAGAAAGCUGCGUGUAACGUUCCGGCUGAUGAAGAAUCGUCUGUCUACAGUGUUGCCGUGCGUGCUCCACGUCAGCAGGGUGUUAUGCUUUUCUUGGUUCGUGAGCUCAGUGGCGAGAACCAAGACACAAUAGAAAACUAUCUCAAGCGUGGAUACCGGUUCACCGACACCCGGUGGUUCUCACCCGUUCUUGCUGACCGGGCAGCAGUCGACAAAGACGAAAGUGAAGGGCUACUCAACCAACUCAAGCUAUAUGCUAAACGUGGCACCAAGCCCUGUGUUCGCAGCGGCGGGAUCUACGUUGGUUUCUUUGCUGUUCGACCAUCAAUCUCACGCGAGGGCGGCAUCGACACUCUUGUUUACCAAUUUGCUAGGCACCAAAUCCCUGCGUACAGGCUUCCCGAUGUCGAAGGGAUCACCGAUGAGAUGCGCUCAUGGAUUGGAACGCUGGCUGGCUGUCGGAUGUCUGACUUAAGCUCCAUCUGCGCCAACGAAGUGGAUACCAGUCUGCCGCCUCCUAGUGGGAAAUUCGCAGAGGAGAUGUGGAUUUUCAAGUCAAGUCUAGCUCUGGCUAUGGACGCCAUGGCCGCAAACCUGAAGAUGUUCCCCAAUCUACCGUCACAAUCAGUCCUCUCGGCUGAGGUUAUCGAUGUGCCAUCCUCUCAAGAUGACUCGACACAAACUGCAAGCAUGAUCGUUUUCCAAGCCACCUUUCCUGCGCCCACCAGACACGGAGAAGAGCUGCCUGGUUUGAGUAUUCAAAACGAGGUUUCUGGGGUUUACAAACAACAAGACCCGGCCCCGACCUUUGUCUUUGUGCCUCACACUCUUUUCAGCAAGACACAGAUGAUGAUGCUCAGGGGUAACCAAGCCAGGAAGUUUGCCCGUGAAUGCCGAGCCGAGUUAGCCAAGCGGUUCCCCGGGCCACUCAGGACCCUCAAGUCAUCAAUGUCGCCACAGAUCUACGGCGAGUCAACAUAUCUAUCCUUGGGUGAGAAAGGCCCGGUGACCCCGUCACAGAAGUAUAAGUGGCUCCAUGACACCUCACCCUCUCAGCAGACUGACUUGGGCAAGGGAGGCCCGCUCAGUGACGACACCGAUCUCAACCAAACCCCCGCUCAGCUUGAAGUCACAAAGGCCCGAUACAGUAGCCCCGAUAGCAUGCCGAAGAUGUGCCAAGUUUCCAUAAAAGCACCACUUGGAACACCCAAAAGAACCCAAGCCGAUGCACUGCUCCAACAGGCCUGGCGAACACCUGAAUACGAAGGCUCACUUGCGCCAGCAUAUUCACCUACAGGGGUUGGUAAUCAGUGGGUUGCAGGGCAAGAAGGUCCUGAACCUUGCCCUUCAGAUCCUUUGCCCAACAACACUUCCACUUUGCUCGGUCAACCCUUAUGUGCCACCCCUGUAGCUGCAGAAUCUGGCAGGACACGUGCCCAGCCAUUAGCAAUUACGGCUCGACUGAGGUCCGACGACUGGCCAACACGUUGCCUUCACGGCCUUGAGCAAAGUGAAGCUGGCCAAGUCCUCCUUGGUGUGGACUGGUGACCUUGCCAAUUUUCUAGAGCUCCGCUCAUCACUCAAAUUUUCAUUAUUUUUAUCAUUACUAUUUAGUUUUAGUUGUUUGUUUGUGCAUUGGACAUGUUUUAUGCCUGCAUCAGAUUUAUAAAAAAUUUGGCUUGCUUGUGUUUUGUUUUCUCGACCUGAUGUAUUUGUUGUCUGACAUUCCUUUCUAAACCAAACCAUUCCUCAUCAGUCUCUUCCUCAUACUUCAUCUUUUCAUUCUCUCGCUUCUCAGCUUAGUUUGUACUCAAAGGCAAGUAGCUGUCUUCAGUUUCCAGUUAUUCAUUGAAAAUCGGACCUUUU